UACUUUCUUUCCCGGUGUAUCAGGUCCUACUGACUCGCUUUGUUUACACCGUUCCCGUCAGAUAAUGUGUCCGUCACGUGUUCGGGAAGGAAGUAUUCUACUUUAACUCUGAGACACUUGUUCCACGAUACGUCGUCGAGUAAAUGUUGUUUCCUUUUCAGUGAACCGUGAUGACUGUUUUUUUAGGCUUGUUUUACAUUGACGGUGUUUUAAAUACAGAUUUUGGUUUCAUUGAUAUAUAUAUGUGUAUGUAGGGCCGUGGAGGCGAACUUAGGGCACGCGUGCCAUUUUAAUUUUUUUUCUAAUAGCAACUUAAUAAUUUAAGAUCCGAUUUGGUAGUUCUAGCGUUACCCCCCACUCGGGCUUGUUAAUCAUAAUCCAUUUAUAUUUUUAUAACUCGUAUUUAUGUUUAUUAUGUGCGUAGGAACGGUUGUCGAGAGCGCACGUUAUCUGCACCACGUGUGUCAUAGAGGCAGCACAUUGUGUUCACCGUGACAUUCGAUUAGUAAAGGAAGCGAUUGAACGCAAAUAAGCACACGCGGUUUAUUAAGAGACGCGAAUGGCUACGUCGAUAGAUCGUUUAUAAAUAGAAUUCAUUAAAAUAUUAAUUGUCCGCUCGUAACUCGAUUUACGUAGUGUUAAUAAUUAGCCGAACGUCGUUUGGGAGACAUCGAACGGUAGUGAAAGGUCGAUCAAUAAAUUUCAGUUAAUUAAUAUUACGCAGGAAUUGUGCAUAUUGAUAAUGUCGUAAUUUAAAACAUUUGAAACGCCAGAUAUCGAGCAAUUAACUCGAGACGAGCCCCCCCCCCCUCUCCAAAAAAAGAAUGAUAACGUUCAAUUAAUAUUUCAUCGAGUAACGAACAGCUGAUCCGAUUUUUUAAUCGAGUUAAUUAGCACGUGGAAUAGACAUUAAUUCAUUUAUAAUGAAAAAAAUUUUAAUAACUUUUUUUUUCUACUUUUAAAUUCAUAGCCGAUCACCUAAUGAACUACGCGUUAACAAACUAAUUCGAUAUCGUUUCGAUCAAAUUGAUACUCCAGAGUCACGUGACGGUAUUAAAUAGCACAAUGAAUCGUGUAACCUCUUGAGAAAAAAUACCAUGACGUAAUUGAACACCGUUACGAUUAUCUUCGAAUUCUAGCUGUCAACAUAGAACCUAUCUCGUAAAUAGAAAUUCUUAUCGCCAAUAACCGUUCUAUCUAACGUUUCCUUGCCUCUUCGAGUGUUUUAGCAAAAAAUGGCCGACGUUCGAUCGGUACCGGAAGUGGAUACAGGGAGAUUAUAAAAAAAAACGCGCGAAACUUCGAUCGACAUCGGUGUUCGCUCAAUGUGUAAGAAAAAAUGAUGCAAUCCAAGAUGAAGGUGAUAACUCGUGUCUGUUUGGCAAACGUUUUGCCGCAUUGCUGGCACAGCCAAGAUCUAACGCGUCACGUAUUUACGAGUUUAAAUAUAAAAGAGGCGCCAGUGUGUUGAUUGCAAGAGAGAAAAACAAAAUUAUUAAGGGUCUCCCCGUGACACUUGCACCGUUCUCGUUUGACAAAAAUGGAGGUAAUCUCGUUAGUAGGGCGCUAUUCGGACGGGAAAAUGUAACAAGACUCUAUAAGACAAUAAGCUCGGAGGUUAAUUUCUCGUGAGAAAUACCGGGUCAUAAUGCGUUUAUGUAACGAGAGAUGAGCGAGAAAACAACGACGCAAUGAUUGUCACACAGUAGGUGAGAGAUACCUUGUUCGUGCUGAUAACGGUUAUCACAGCCAUCGCGUAAUAAUGCAGCUUUUUUUAAUUGAAUUCAUUUUCGAUCGAGAUUCGAAUAAAAAUUACCAAAUAUCGCGCGAACUUUAACUACGAAUCUAUUCGGGGCAGAAGGUUUAUUUUUUGGUUGGUUCAACUUUUAUGUUUGAUUAUACGUAAACUAAACUUCCGCUUAGAGAGCGGUGAAUAAUUCUAUUCGAGAUCAACUGAAACAGCGAACUUCUGUCGAUUCUGAAGUACACGAGAUUAAUCGAUCCAAUUAAACGUAUCCCUUUAUCAAAGCACUGAACUUCGAACGAAGCAGGGUGUGAAAACGCGUCCGAUUUUUUCAACGGUACCACUCGGUAUAUAUGCCAAAGUGAGGCGUGAAAAUCAGCGUGCAGUGAAACGUCUCAAUUUGCAGGGAGGGGAAGAAAAGUAUAAUUGGAAUUUCGAAAAGGGGUAAUUAGUCGGAUUCUUGCUAAACGACAUUGCUCUCUCUCUCUCUCUCUCUCGAUGGCAUGCGUGGCUGCCUUAUCAGGUCUCUCUACUGGUAAUAAACUAAUCGGCUCGAAAACGAAAGUGGCGCAGUGGAAAUAUCCAUUCGCCGUUGGUGUUCCGCGUUGGUCGCGUGGAAAAGUGGAAGUUUCCACGGUGUACUUGCGUUAACCCGACCUCCGUCGUUUUCAUGGAAAAAACAAAUCGUCGCGUUCAAGUACGACUCGGACUCAUCACGGUCAAUUAUCGUGGUAACUGAUUCGGAGUCACCGCGGGAGAUUCGUCAGUUCCAUUCGUCCGACGCGAAACGAGCAUUCGAGGAAAAUAAUUCUUCAAAAUCAAUCUUUCCUUUAUUGAAAGCAUUCAGGGAGGUUCGCGCACCUCGAUUGGUUAACAGAACCGCGUGAAUCAGCUGGUCUCUUUAGCCCUUAAAUAAAUUCGCGCCGAAAAGAAGACAGAAGAAUCUGUCGUUUCAUAAAUAAACGCGUUGUCCUCGAAACGGCACCGUUUGCCUCUAUUCGGAUUGGAAAUCGUCGUGUGCCAAGAGAGCAGCCGUGAUCUCUUGACACGGACAAUUUGGAACGCGUGGGACGUGGCUGGAAGCUUCCUCGAAAUGUUUUCUCACGGUUUUCAUUGUACUUCCCUGUAGCUCGAUAAUUUAAAAUUACAGCAGCCGCUCGAUAAUUUGCCGUCCUCUACAGUAGCCGCUAAAUAACAGUCUAUUUCUUAUCAAAGCGCAUUUCUCGAUUUCUGAAAACAGGCAAUUAUCGAGCGACUAUUGUAGAUUGCUGAUCUGUAUAAUAUUCAAUGUCAUGAUUCAUUUGCGAGAGAAUCGCCAGGCGUCCAAACAAUUUCCAAAGUCAUUAACCCCCGAUGCGAGUAUUUAACUGGGUCCUCCUAUUGUGCGAUCACGGAUGAUCAUUCAAAUCAGUAUUCCGGUUAUGUAGAUGCACCGUGGGCUCUUAUUUUUCAAGUUUUUUUUUCACAGGGUCUCACGCGUCAAAGCGGAGGACCUUGUGGUUGUUCGAUCGCGGGAAAAUUCGUAAUUGUAACGAUGCAAUCUUUCUUCUUCCUUAUCGAAGGGAAGCAAUUUGAUACCGUUUGCUCGUAUGUAUAAUUGAAACGGUGAAAGUUCUUCAGGGUAGAUGUUCCUCGUACGGUUAGUAAUUUAACGAUCUACUAACUUCGAUGAAAACAUCGAUCCGAUAGGUUGUUUUUUGGGGUGUCAUGGUUUGUGAAUGUGCUCGAAACAACACAUCCUUCUCCCCUGUCAUCGUGACUGAUUUCUACGAAUUUUUUUCUCUGCCAUGCAAACGAAACGAAACGGAGGGUGCGAGGAGAAAUUCGAGUUCCUGUGUUUCGUAGACGCGUCGUUUCUCGUUAACUUUCCUUCUCCCUCCCUUCAAGGAAAGAAUGACAAAUAAGGGGAGAGCAGGCCACGUUGCUGGCGCUAUGAGGGCGAGGAAGUUUUUCAUCUUCAACAAGAAACUCUUCUGAAUCAAAGGGGUACAACUCUCCAUAAUUGAUUAAGAAGAAGAAAACGAAACAACAAAAAUCUGGAAACUUUUAAAGAUCGCAAUUGGCGAUUUCCUUGACGAUAAGGGUGGAGUAUGAGGAUUCGUGAACAUUUCUUAAAACCUCAUCAAGUUCGCCGAUUACAGAGCUCUGUUAGAAGAACAGAAGGUUAGAUAAGGAAGCGAAGGUAUCGGUUCGAGCGUAUUUCACGUGACAAUCGAGCCUGGUGGAGUCUAAUAGAGUCCUGUUCGAGUGAAGCCAACCUCUAAACGAGGAUCGAUCGGACCGAUUAAUCGGGAGAGAGACUCGGUGUGCUGUGUGUUCGUGUGGAGGCGGUUGACACCGCCGUAGGGUGGGGUGUAAUUUCGGAAGGUUUCACGAUAGAGAGGCCUGGUCAAUAGGACAGUGUCGAUGAAACAAGAAGAUGACGAGGAUGAGCCGGUUGCUGCUGAUCGUAUUUCUCUGCGUCGCGACGCGGCUGGCCUACUGCCAGGACGACGGUUGGUCGAGGACGAAUUACCGCAACGACGACGGCAUUCAGGCCAAAUACGAGGCCGAUUAUGCGAACAGGAAGCUCGAGGACACUGGGUUACUCGUCGAAGACAAACACUUGAGGGACUGGGUCGACGGAGCUGGUUUUGACGAUCCGUUUUACGAUCGAAUAGUUUCCUACAGGAGCAACAGGGCGAUCGAUGCUUCCAGAUCGACGGAAGCAAACACGAAAUUGAGCCAGCAACCGGGCCAGCUGUCGAACCUGCCAAAACCGGGCACGAAAUCGAGUGUUACCCGCGAAAAGACUCGUCGAUAUAAAAAUGUGACGAUCGGUGACGGUAUCUGCCAGAGCAUCGACAUAAGGAACAGCGUGUGGGCCUUCGGUAUCAUGAAGGAUUGCCACGUCAUCGAGGGUUUCCUGCAGAUCGUACUGAUCGAGAACAACUCCGAGAAGGAUUUUCAAAACAUCACUUUCCCGAAUCUCCGAGAGAUCACUGGCUACCUCUUGCUGUACCGUGUCAACGGCCUAAAGAGUCUUACCAACCUGUUCCCGAAUCUCGAAGUGAUCCGGGGCAAUAUCCUGCUCACCGAUUACGCUUUCAUGCUGUACGAGAUGCAAAAUUUGCAAGAGAUCGGCCUGAAGAAACUCACGGAAAUCUCUAGGGGCAGCGUUCGGAUCGAGAAGAAUCCGUCUCUUUGUUAUACUAACACGUUGAAUUGGGAUCUGAUUGUUUCCGUGGGGGAGAACGUCAUCAAGGAUAAUGGGGAGGAGGCCUCUUGUCCCGUGUGCUCCCAUUGUCCUGAGGGCUAUUGCUGGACUUCCCAAUACUGUCAGAGAAUAAUGAAACCAGAUUGUCAUGAACAAUGCCUUAGUGAAUGCCGAGGACCUUCUGACAGCGACUGUUAUGUUUGCAAGCACUAUAGACACGAGGGAAAAUGCGUGGAAACUUGCCCUUCCCAUUUAUACUCCUAUCUCUCCAGAAGAUGCGUCACGAAGGACGAAUGCGUGCGGAUGAACAGUCUGAGAAGGGUUUACUAUUUCCUGGAGGAUGGGCAAGCCUGGAGACCGUUCAAUGGAUCCUGCGUGACUCACUGUCCUGACGGAUACGAGGACGCGCUCGACGAAUACAACAUGACCACCUGUCGUGCCUGCGAGAAGAGCUGUAGGAAGGUCGGCCAUGGUGCUCUGAUACGUCACAUAUCGGACGCACAGAGUUUCCGGGGCAUAACCGUGGUGAAAGGUGCCCUGGAGUUUCAGGUUCGAAACGGCAACCCGAACAUAAUGAACGAGUUGAGCGACGCGUUUGGCCUAAUAGAGGAGAUCACCGAGUACGUGAAGAUCACUCAUUCAUUCCCCAUCACGUCGUUGGCUUUCUUCAAGAAGCUCAAGGUGAUCAAGGGAGAAAAACUGGAUAUAAACAACGCGAGCCUCGCGGUGCUCGACAAUCCGAAUCUGUCGAACCUGUUCCCACCGGAACAGAAGAUCAAGAUCGAGCGUGGUCGGCUGUUCUUUCAUUACAAUCCAAAACUGUGCCUAUCGAAGAUCGUGCAAUUCAGCAAGAUGGUUAACAUCUCGAACUUCACGGAUUUGGAGGUGCAACCGGAGUCGAAUGGGGAGAAAGUAGCUUGCAACGUCGUCAAUAUCAACAUCACCGUUAAGGAAUUGGGUCCUGAUUACGCGGACUUAGUCUGGGACAGUUACAAGCCUCCCGAAGGGCAACAGUUGCUUAGUUACCUAUUGAACUAUAUAGAGACGGAGAACAGAAACAUAUCCUACGAGGCGAACGCCUGUGGAGGGAACAAUACCUGGCAGAUCGUCGACGUGGACAUUCCGCAAUGGAACUCUACCGUGUCCAAGCACAUAGUCAACUUGAAACCGUACACCAUGUACGGGGUAUUCGUGAAGACGUUCAUCGCAAAGAACUCUAACUACUUCGUGAACCCAGUAGGUCUGUCGGAGAUCAUCUUCUUCAGGACGAGGAGCACCAUACCCUCGCCUCCGAUCAACGUGAUGACGACAGCUUUGAGCGACACCGAGGUCUUAGUUCGAUGGGAACCACCGAUAUACACGAACGGACCGAUUGGUUACUACAUGAUCUCUCGCGCUAUGAUACACGAAGACACUGGUCUAAUUGCUUCUAGAGAUUAUUGUAACAACACACUGGAGAACGAGGUGGAAAGCGAGGAGCAGACGGUGCAGGAAGUGACCGUCAAGACUCCGGUGAUCAGUCUAGCUUCGUGUUGUUCAAAGAACCCCGCUAAUAGAAACAACGUCGCCUCGAAGAAGUUCGAGAUAUUCUGUCAUCAGAACACGACUAUCAGCUAUAUAUCACCCGGCUGGAAAGACUAUUGCGUCUACAAUAAUUACAAUUCUAUGGUGGACCAUCAGUUCUACGAGCUAACGAAUAAUCUGUCCACCCCUCGACCGGACGAGACGACCAAGAUCGACACCCAGUCGAACAUCCUCGAGGGUCGCGUGGACGAUGCUGCUUUUCUGUACAACGUCAGUGGUCAAAACAAUUCCUAUGUGAUCAAGAAUCUACGCCAUUACACGCGUUAUGUCAUCAGCAUAGCCGCGUGUGGCGUGAAAGUUAACGAGACGAACAUGUGUUCCUCUGUUCAAUAUAGCAACGCUAGGACAAAGAAGCGGCGACACGCGGACGACGUGCGGAACGUAAGGGUCCUAGUUACCAACAACACCAUCGUCGAGGUGUCUUGGGACACGGUGAACGAUCCCAACUCCGUCACAGUCUCCUACACCAUCGAGUACACGAAUUUGGACGUGAAGGAUGCGAAGAAGAGUACCGAGUGCAUACCGCAUAGAAAUCGAAGGGACACGUUCAACAGUUACUUCAUCAAGAACCUGAGUCCUGGCAAGUACAGUCUUCGAGUGCGUUCCACCUCGUUGGCCGGAGAUGGUGCUUUCUCCGACGUGACUUAUUUCUCCAUAGGCCUGACCGACAGUGCCCCGGUCACCCUGAUCGCGUUGUUAACCCUCGGUUUCCUCUCGGUGGGACUGUUCGUGCUGUUCUUGUCACUGAGGAACCAUCAGAAGAGAAAGCAACAAGAAAGACUGAUAGCCAGCGUGAAUCCUGACUACAUAGAGACCAAGUACGUGAUAGACGAAUGGGAAGUACCUAGGGAGAGCGUGGAAAUCCUCGAAGAGCUUGGUCUGGGUAACUUCGGCAUGGUAUAUCGUGGGAUAUUCGACAAGACCACUUCAGUGGCGAUAAAGACCAUCUCGAAAACAGCUAGCCAGAGGGAGAAGAACGAGUUCCUGAACGAAGCUUCGGUGAUGAAGAAUUUCUCCACUUACCACAUCAUCAAGCUCAUUGGCGUGGUGUCGAUAGAGAACCCUCCGUUCGUUAUCAUGGAACUGAUGGAGAACGGGGACCUGAAGACGUAUCUACGUCGAAUUCGCGAUACCAAUCUGGUGCCAGACGCGUGCAAGAUAAUGAGAAUGGCGGCUGAGAUCGCCGACGGAAUGGCGUACUUGGAAUCAAAGAAAUACGUUCAUCGCGACCUGGCUGCGAGGAACUGUAUGGUCUCCAAGGACCUGGUGUGCAAGAUAGGUGACUUCGGCAUGGCGAGGGACGUUUAUGAAACGGACUACUACAAAAUCGGCAGGAAAGGGCUGCUUCCGAUCAGAUGGAUGGCACCCGAGAAUCUAUCAGACGGUGUAUUCACUUCGGACUCUGACGUUUGGUCCUUCGGGGUUGUACUAUACGAGAUCCUGACCCUGGCUGAGAUACCUUAUCAAGGCUUCUCUAACGAGGAGGUUCUUAGCCACGUGUUGCACAAGGGUACUCUCAACGUCCCACGCAUCUGUCCCGAGAACAUCCAGAAGAUCAUGGAGAAGUGUUUCAAAUGGCGACCCAGUGAUCGGCCGACCUUUAUGGAGAUCGUGUCGGAACUGGAGCCGUUCUUAGGGCAAGAUUUUUACGAGAAAUCCUUCUACCACUCGGUGGAGGGCGUGGAGAGCCGUAACUCCGGCAUGAAGAAGCCGUACCACCACGCUGCGCCUAUCAGGUUCCACUGGGGUAACGAGACGGCCAGGUGGGUGAAGGAGUUCGAGGACAACGUGACGUUGCUCGACCAGACAAAGGCUGGCACUAGCCGUGCUCGUAUCUUCAAGAACGGUUUCCAGCAUUUUGGUAACGUAGCCAACAUGGAGGAUGUACCUCUCGAUCGAUGAGAUUAAUUCGUACACAGUUUCUCUCUAUUUGUACUGUGCAGAGAUGGAAAGAACAUUACGGGGACGGCCCUAUCCCCGCAUUUGAUCCUUGCAUUUAAAGUUCAUCGGAAAGUAUCAUUUUCCUUCUUUGUAAUGCGACGAUCUAGAAUGCGUGUGCCUGAGGUGUGAUUUACCGACUACGACCAAUCGUACCCGCAUUCCUUCCGCUAAUAUUCUUUCUAUCUCUGCACAGUAGUCAAUUGUUGUGACGUACGCUUGAUCGGGACCCUCGCAAGUCACAAAACUCGUUGACGUACUCUAUGUACAAAACGAUACUCAGGGCAAUGAAUCGCGAACGAGGGUCCAACGAGCACGAGACAGACAAGAAGAUGGUCCGCCCAUUUCUUUUUUUUUUUUUUCCUUAACAUUUUUCUUUUUCUUUAUUCUUUAUACGACAGGCAUUGUUAAUUAACGAUGCAAGGACCUUGGCUCUCUCUCUCUCUCUCGGUACUCGUUGACAAGUAGGAUGAUGACGAGCGACUAAAAAAGAGAUUUUCACCGUUCUUCGUGUUCGAGCAUACUCGUUUAAAGAGACUAAGUAUGCGAGCCUAACCAAAAGCGUCAGGUGUUCAGAGUUUUGUCUGUUUUUUUUUUUUUUUCCUAUGAAGCGUAACCAAAAGCUCUAACUUCUCGGCCAUGCGAGUCUACGAACUGUUCAUUCCUUGGAAGGGUUAUCUACUGUUUUUUUUUUCUUUCUUUUUUUUUUGUCGUUUUCCCUUGUUUUGUCCUUUCGUGAGGAUUUUCUGUUUCCUAGAGUAGCGGUAUCCUUGACUAUUUUAGAGCCACGCGUUUCCGUUUAACCGUAGCCUCGUAUUACGCGAAAGAACUGAUUAAUUAUAUAAUAAUAUACAUAUGUACUUGGUAUUGCGUUAUUCGUGCGGAUAUUAUGUACACAGGACUACAAUUGAAUUCUUUGUUAUUUCAUAGAACGUUCGUGCUCGCGUUCGUGGACACGAGUCUUUUUUCGUUUUUGUAUUAGAUUCACGUGUUCUUCUGGUGCUGUUCGCAACGCGGUCGAAUCUACUAAUUGAUAUUAACACUGAUUAACGCUGAUUAAGUAAUUAAUUUUAUAACGCGUCGUCUAUGAUCCUUUGAUACCAUACAAAAUUAAUAUAACAUUAAUAGAAUCUUAUUUCUGUUAAUUAAUUAUAUUAAAUUUUUGGUGUUAAUCAUUAAUAACCCUCGCGGUAGUCGACGCGUUAAUAUUAAUGCUUGAUGAAUUUUAAUUUAACACUUUCACUGUGGAUCCACCUCGGCUAUGAUUAAUAAUAUUCUUUUUCAUUCAUCCACCAACGCCUAUGGCCCUUAGUGAAUGCGUUAAUUAAAUUCAUAAUCGGUAUGUUAAUGAACUUAUUUUUUUUUUUAUUAUUAUCAAUUGCAAGAUGCGUCUUGGAAGACAUUGCUAAACAACCGAACGUGGACCGAGUAACAAUGAAUUCAAUGUAUAAAAAGAUACGAUUCUCGCUGGAGAACGAGAGGAAAUUUACAGGUCGUAAGUACUUCCUUCGACGAUCGUUUGUCCGGAGGUGUUUCACGGAGAACGGUCGAUCGAAUGUUUCUGUUCGUCGAACUUUAUUGUCGCGCUCCAUUGCCAGGUCAAAACUCGACGGAUCAGAAGUUCUAUAUACAUAUGUAUACAUAUCUACCGAUAUUCUUUCUCUCUGCAACUGGAAUUUCGCUUGGAGAAACCGUAGCAAUACCAGACAAACUUCUGUCCUGUACUUUGCAAUACUUCUAGGAUCACGAGUUUAGAGCCUCGUGCAUUCGUUUAUUUUUUAUACCAACUUCAGGGAUUCAAACAAAUUUUUCUCGUGGUUAGGUGACUAUGGGGUGUAAUUCUACUUCGAAGAAUCAGUCGAAAUUGUAAAACUAAUUUUUUGGAAUAAAUUGAUGAACUUAAAAGUGUUAAUAAUUAAAAUUUCAAUCGUUCUACUUUUCAAUUUUUAUAAAAUUAAUUAAGCUCUCUCCACUUGGCAUUUUAUUAAUAUUACUUAAAAUUAUUUUUCUUAAUUAUUCCUGGCCGUCGCCUUGGCCCUUCGGUCCUAGCAAACCCUGUUUUACAAUUUCGACAAAUUUCACGAAGGAGAACCACCCCUUAGAUUCAGGUGUACCAUGACCCACCCUAGUUACCGCAGGAUGGCGGAUCGAUCAGAGUGUUCAUUGGGCAGCAGGAGUCGACAAGAAUUCGAAUAGAAAUAACUUAGGCGAUCUUCUUCGACCCCCCAUACAUACACACAUAGCAGAGUUCCUUGUUACAUGCAUACCAUUCACACGAGGUGUGACACCCUGUACACGGUAUAUUAAUCUCUCGAACCGAAGACUAACUCCCUUCUUUUUUUUUUUUAGGUAGAAUAAAAUCUCGCACCUCGUGUUAAGGUAUCUUGUAGGUUAAACUUGCAAUAAGCAUGCCAACAAUCUUUGCAAUAAGUACACGUAUAUGUAUAUUAAAAGGUAGGCACGAAGCUGUUAGAAGCAUAAUUAAGCAGAGAGAAUUCUAAGAGACGACAGAGUUAUAUCUCUAUUUUAUUCUAAUGAUAUAUAUAUAUAUAUAUACAUGCUAUGUAUACAUACAUUCGGAUAAGUAUUUUUACGGCGACCGUAUUUAUUCUUCGAUCGAUCGGAUACAGGGAGAGUUGAGCAGUACACUAUACACGGUAGACUACACAUGUACAUAUUCAAACAUACGAGGUGCGAGUAAAAUAGAUGGUCAAAUUUUGAUAGUGUGUUCUAUUCUUCCUAUAGAUGAAAUUUUCAUAGCGACAAAAAUUUGUGAUUUAUGUUGAUUCGAUAAUCAUAAAAUCACUGGCUUUUAUCAUUGGUAAAUUAAUUAUCAGAAAAUCAAAGCAAUGCACAGCUUAAUGCAAAAUUGAUCAAAAUUUCGAUUUUUAGGAGGUGUAAAAUAUGCUAACGAUUGAUUCAUCUAUCUUCUCGUCACCUUGUAUAUGUGUACAUAUACAGACCCACAUUGAAGUUCAAGGGAAACUUUUAUCGAGAGUUCGAAAGAGUCCACUGACUGGGAUUCUUAUUUUACAGACUGAUAAUAGUCUACUUUUUGAUUUUUCAUUCUUCUAUGAAACGGGUGAAUUGAAUUAGUCGUGGACAUAAAAACUUCGAAGCAAAUACUAGAGUGUACAAGGUGUUUCGUUUUAAUUUAUUUUUGUUGGAUAAUGGAAUUAAAAAUUUUUUAAUAACUGUGUGACUGAAAAUAACACAUUCAGUAUCGAAAUUUAUAAAAUAAUGUAACUUGAAACCAUACACUCGUUUAUGUGUUACACUAUUUUUUAGAAAUUAUUAAUGAAAUAAUUUCAUUUAAAUACUUAAUAGGUUCUAACGAUACACUCUGUAUAUUCUGAACCAUAAACUGAAUCUUUCAUUUAUCUAAACGAAUUAGUUAUGAAACGAUUUAAAACAAAAGGAAAAGUUUUCAUGUAAAUACAUGUACAUACACGUACACGUACACAUAUAUAUAUAUUUUAUUAUAAAAGGAUAGUUUCUACGUUUAUAUAUUUAAAUUAUUACAUUUCUCAUAUGGUAUUUAAUUCGUAACCGCGUCACUUUACCAGAUACUAAUUAUUUUACUAUUACACCUAGAAGUUCCUUUUAAUUUAGCAAUACGUCGAUUCAUUUACUUUAAUAUCGAUAACAACUAUCUAUAGUUAAAUUAACGAUAGAAAUAAUUGAAAAAAAAAUACACGAAAAGCAGGGAUAAAAUGAUUCGCGUGAUUGAAAGUCUGACCUCUGCUAUUGUACAGUAUCGAUCAAAGUAGACUUCCCUAAAGAAAAUGGUGUUACGAGGGAAAGCUACUAUGCUCCGUACUGUACACACUCUAUAUAUCUUUUUCUUUUUUUAUACCGAGUUUAUUCAACCCUUUGCACAUUCAAACGUUAAUAAUUGAGCACGCGAUAUCGAGUGACCAGCAAGGUGUUAAUAUAUCGCGGAGGAAAAGGUGUACAGUAAUUUAGAAAUAAUUCAUUAAAAAUGGUCACAGAUACGGAGGUAUUAUAAGAAUAUAAGAAAUUGGACGCGUGACGCUCAGUUCGUCGCGAGAAAAGAAAGAUACGAGAUAAUUUCAGACACUACUGGAAGUUCUUUUUCGCGUGAAUAUUUUUUUUUUUUUGUUUUUUUUCUUUUGUAUCCUCGAAGGCUAACAAAGAGGGUGAGUUCACCCCCUGACGUUGAUGCCGUUUUCUCAACUAUUCCGUCUUUAUCUUCUUGUCCUACUAUACUGUGAUUCUAUAGUGCGAUGGGGUUUACCGAAUUUUUGCAGAACUAUGCAAAAUUUCAUUGUUGAAUUUUUUUUGAAACGUGGAUUGCGAUUGCAAGGCAUUAUAAAGAAGAAUUUUAAUACGCUUAUAGAAUUUCCGACUUGAGAACUCGCUAUCUUUUUAAUUAGAAACACAUUCUAUUGUUUAUUUAUAAAUUUCUAAAAAGUAUAAAGUUUCAGAGGUUUUGCAAAUGUUCAGUAAAUAACGUCGAUUGCUAGAGAAUCGUCGAAACCAAGUCCUGAGAUGUUCACCAUCGCACACGUUUGUACAUAUGUGUUUGUGUAACAAUUAGUGAUAAUAACGUUAAAAUAACGAUACAUGCCCGUAUAGAACCGUACCUGAACAAUGUUGACCCGAUAUUUUGACAACUUUCAUAAUUAUACGGAUGUGGUAUAUAGAUCGAUAAGAAAUGUAAACGUUCGAUUAGCAACGAUGCGUGUAUAUAUAAGGUGUUUUAAAAAUUUGCAGUCGGGUGAAAAAGAAUUUUAAAAAAAUAU